UGAUUCAAUUCAAUUCAAUUAAAUCAAUAUCUUUAAAUACAUUUAAUGAAUAUUUUUAUUAUGGCUAUACAUAUACAUAUAUACAUUACAUAUCUAUUAUAUCAUGACAUUUAGUUUCGAGUAAAAAAUAAUUUGUAUGCAGAUAGCUGACAGGAUUUUGGUUAUCACACAAUCAACUAAUUGUAUGGUAUGUUCUAGGUUGAUAUCCAUUCGUGCUGAGCUUGAAAUCUUUGGUUAAUUUCUUAUUUAUUUUUAAGUAGGUAAUUAAAAAUGAAAUUUCGUUGGUCGGCAGAUUAGUAAAUAUUUUGAUAUUUUUCAAUAGUAUUUUACGCCAUAUCGAUAGAGAAAUAGUAGCGAUUAAGGUUCCGUCUGCAGCGCACAGCGGUCGCGACGUAUCGUCAAAAAUUAUUUAGAAGAGCCCACUCAUGCGCAUGGUUGACCUGUACUGCUGUACACACUGUGGGUCAAAUGUAGAUCUCACCUUCCGCCUGUGGCACACAAAGGUGUCGCUACUUGCAAACACCCUGUCGGUAUGCGGGUUCCUCCUGCCGCAUACAGAGGUCACCAUUUAUAAUAUUUAUUUAAAAAUAAAUGAGUGACUAACAAAACAGUUUAUGAUCAGUACAAACGGGUACAAACCUAGUACAAACGACAGAACUAGUUCAUUUUUCUAAACAAAACGAUCUGUUAGCUAUCCACGUGCCAAUGAACAAAGAAAAUUGACUCAAGUAGAGCCUCAGUUCUGGAGGUUUGAGUGACGCCAGCGGCAUCAUAGUACCUCACCCCAGAAGGUGGAAGGCGCCACACGCAAUGUUGGGGUGCGUGCUCGUUUUUAAUUGCAAAAUAAUUCUUAAUCCUUAUUUUAAUACGCAGAAUUUUCCCUUUCAGAGUGUCUUUGAAACUGCGAACCAAGAAACCAUUCGAUUGUUCUGUCAAAAAGUUAAAAAAAAAUGGUAGAACCGAAGCCGGUAGUAGGGGUUGGAAUGACGCCUUACCAAUCUCCUUAAAUUUAACUGAAGCAUCCUCAUAUUAUCCUCUCUGUUCAUUCUAAUGUUAUCUAAUUUCAAUGGGAAAAAUCCUUUCGGUGAUGCAGAGGACUACAUCUCAAUUUUUGAGUAAUCCCUGUGACAGCAGGACUGCUACUGAAGAAUUGUUGAGUCGACUGAUGAACAGACAUCCCAGCAUUGCGUGUGGCGACGUACCUCUUCUGGGGUGAGGUACUACGAUGCCGCUGGCGUCACCCAAAGUCCCAGAACUGAGCCUCUACUUCAGUCAAUCCUCUUUGCUUUUAACCUUGCACCAUGGUCUAGUAAAAAAGACAAUUGAAUUGAAAGUGUUCAAGUUUUGUAGUGUAACGUACGAAAUUAAUCUGUUAUUGCAAACUCAAAUAGCGACAUCGAUUCUCCAAAAAUCGCUAAUUGUUGUCAAUCAUCAAUGAAAGGAUAAUCUUAAAAUACAAAUUUUGAGGUUAGAAACAAGUGUUUACAUCGGCUGAUGGGCUGAAAUUCUCCCGCCUCAUUUAUAUAAACAAAAUAUCUUGUUUUGACCAUUGUAUGUAGAAAUUCACGUGUAAACAAAUACAAUAUGGCGUUUAUAUUGGAUAAUGGGGCAUAUACCGCCAAAGCUGGUUUCUCUAAUGCUUCACCCCUAAGAAACCAACUACCAAAAAUUUCCGUACGGAACAUUGGGUGACCACUAUAAUUUCACAAUGCAGGAUCAUACCCAACUGCAUAAUGAAAGCGAAAAGCGAGCGUCGUCGACCAUUCAUCGGUAACCAAAUAGAGGACUGUCGUGAUGCAUCAGGGCUGUUUUACAUGCUGCCCUAUCACAAAGGCUACCUCGUCAACUGGGACAUCCAGAAGACCGUCUGGGACUACAUAUUCUCGAAGGACUGUCUCUCAGCUUCCCUCAAUCACUGUCCAACGAUCAUAACAGAACCUCUCUUUAACUUCGCCCCAAUUCAGGAGGCUAUGGUUGAGAUAUUUUUUGAGGAAUACGAAUGUCCAAGUAUGCUCCUGGUGAACGCAACUAGCCUGUCCUAUCAUCACUACAAGAGCCUACAUCCUGAGAGCAAAGCCUGCUUAGUCGUGGACUCUGGCUACAGUUUUACCCACAUCGUUCCGUACGUCAAUGGUGUCAAAGUGAAGGAUGGCAUAAGGAGGAUCGAUGUUGGGGGUAAAUUGCUCACCAAUCAUCUCAAAGAAAUUAUUUCUUAUCGUCAGCUACACGUCAUGGACGAGACCUAUGUAAUUAAUCAGGUGAAGGAGGACUCGUGCUUUGUUUCUCAGGAUUAUUUCAAGGACAUGGAGAGGGCGAAAAACAAAGUAGAGAACAAUAUGAUUGCUAAGGACUACGUUCUACCUGAUUAUACAUCAUUGAGAAGGGGUUUCCUCAAAGAACUGGAGCCACAGAGUGAACAUCAAACAUUGAGAUUGAAUAAUGAACGAUUUGCCAUCCCCGAGAUCCUUUUCAACCCCUCGGACGUUGGAAUCAGGCAGAUGGGAAUUCCUGAAGCUAUUGUGGAUUCUGUCAAGGCGUGUGGAGAGGAGACAUGGCCACAUCUCCUAGCUAAUAUCAUGCUCACAGGGGGUAACUGCAAGUUCAACGGCUUUCAGGACAGGGUUUAUAAGGAUUUGAGAAGUUUGUCACCUGAUGAGUUCAAAAUUAAUGUCUUCCUGGCUGACAAUCCUGAGACUUAUUCGUGGGAGGGCGGUAAAUUAUUUGCGAGUGAUCCGUCGUUGAAAACAUUCUUAGCGACGAGGGAGGAGUAUGAAGAGGAAGGACCUGCUUUGUGCUGUGAAAAAUUCAGUGGAUGUAUUUAAUGGAUUGACACCGGAUGAAAUUGCUCAAACAAGUGAGUGGGAACGAGCGAUAAGAACUUGGUUUGAGGCCCAAACGGCGGAGCAGCUGAGGAUCAAAUAUGGAUGACAUUUUCAAACGAUCGGAUUUUUAC